UUCUGACAAUAAAACACAAUGUAAACCAUAUUUUGGGACAUCCUAGGAAUAGCAGUCGCCAGUGUAAAAAUACGAGGAUGAGCCGGAACAUUUUCCUUGUCUUCAUUCUCUUGAUAAGUGAGUGGCACUCUGGGGAAUGUGAGCCAUUAACCACAAGAAAUAACGAAUGUGUGGCUGGAGUUCCUGGGAUCCCUGGAACUCCAGGAACGAACGGCUUGCAUGGACCUCCUGGAAAAGACGGGAAAGAUGGUCUACCAGGGGAGAGAGGAGAGAAAGGAGAAAUUGGCCGACCAGGUGCAACUGGACCUCCGGGUAAAGUAGGUCCACCAGGCUCUCCUGGUUUUCCAGCUAAACCAGAAACUGGGGAACUUGUGAAGAAGAAAGUAUAUGCCUUUCAUGUUGGACUUACAACUUCUGCACCACCAAGUGGCACUCCCAUUACAUUUACAAAGGUCUUUUACAAUGAUGAAAAAUUAUACAAAGUAGAAACUGGUAAAUUCAUUGCUCCUGUAGAUGGUCUUUAUUUUUUUACCUACCAAAUCACGGUAUAUUCUAAAAAUGUUCACAUUACACUGAGACGCAAUGGUAACAUAGUGCAGUACAUGUAUCACGUAUAUGGUUCUACUACUCACCAAGCAUCUGGAUCUUCCAUCUUGAACCUUAAAAAGCAGGAUGAAGUUUGGCUCCAGGAUGUUGAUGGUAAUAAUGGUCUUUAUGCAGAUUCUAAUGAUGACUCAACAUUUUCUGGAUUCCUGAUUCAGUGAUCUGAUUCACAAAUGUUUAUAGCACAAUUUGUCUUUAAAUUAAAAUACAUUAUGAAAAACUAGGAAAUAAAAAGUACAUAGUGUUAGCGAUAGAAAAAAGGCGUAUAUAAGUAUCUGAGAACACUAGCUAUUCACAACAUCAGAAUAAUUUAGAA